GCCUGCAACGCGUCUUGACAACUCCAGACCUAGUGUAUGACAGGGACAAAGCGAAAAGAAAAUCAGUGGUCUCUUUAGGCAACUUCGCGAGCAACGGAAUACACACUGUUCUAGUUUUGAGACAACACAAAUAAAACUGGACGCGAGCUGAAAUUGAUGUAUCCACUGGGGGACUCUUCCCUCAACAUGUGGGAUCUGAGCUGAUGCAGGGAUAAGUACAUUUCUUUAUCUUAAGAUAUACUGUACAUGCCAGUUAUUAAGUAAUUUUGAUUCGAGGCUUUUUAAACUUUCGAUUAAUCUUAUCUUUAGUUUAAGUGGAACAUCAACAGACACUGUAGAACGUGUUGAAGACGUUGAAUAUGGUUUCGAUAUUAGAUACAAGUGCCCCGGCACUAGCGCUGCUGUGGGGAUACUGUGUGCUGGCAGAAACCGUCUUCACGAACUUCACUUUGGACAACGAGGUCCACUCAAGUUUCAUCCACCGGCGACUGAAGAGCCAGGAGCGCAGAGAGAUGCAACGCGAGAUACUCUCCAUUCUGGGCUUGCCUCAUCGGCCCCGGCCGCACCUCCACGGGAAACACAACGCAGCGCCGAUGUUCAUGCUGGACCUGUAUAAUGCCAUGUCCACAGAAGGAGAAGCUGACGGCUAUUCGUACCCAUAUAAGCCCGUCUUCACCACCCAGGGACCGCCGAUCGCAACUCUGCAAGAUAACAACUUCCUUAACGAUGCUGACAUGGUCAUGAGCUUUGUCAACCUGGUGGAGCACGACAAGGAGUUCCUGCCGGUGAGACGACACCACAGGGAGUUCCGCUUCGACCUGUCGCGGAUUCCCGAGGGGGAGGCUGUCACUGCUGCCGAGUUCCGCAUCUACAAGGACUUCAUCCACGAGCGCUUCGACAAUGAGACCUUCCGCAUCAGCGUCUACCAGGUGCUGGAGGAGCACUCGGACAGGGAAUCGGACCUGUUCCUCUUGGAUUCGCGGGUCAUAUGGGCGGCUGAGGAAGGGUGGCUGGUGUUUGACAUCACCGCCACCAGCAACCACUGGGUCCUGAACCCGGGCCGGAACCUGGGCCUGCAGCUGGCGCUGGAGAGUGUGGAUGGCCAGAGUGUGAACCCAAGGGUGGCGGGGCUGAUAGGUCGCAAUGGACCCCAGAACAAACAGCCCUUCAUGGUGGCCUUCUUCAAAGCCACUGAAGUCCACAUUCGCAGCAUUCGUUCUGCCGGCAACAAGCCACGCAAUUCCAACCGCUCCAAGGGGUCCAAGGGCCAGGAGGCUCUUAGGGUGGCCAACAUUGCAGAGAACAGCAGCUCUGACCAGAAACAGGCCUGCAAGAAACACGAGCUGUACGUCAGCUUCAGGGACCUGGGGUGGCAGGACUGGAUCAUCGCCCCAGAGGGCUACGCCGCGUACUACUGCGAGGGCGAAUGCGCCUUCCCUCUCAACUCCUACAUGAACGCCACCAAUCACGCCAUUGUGCAGACACUGGUUCACUUCAUAAACCCAGAAACGGUGCCCAAACCUUGCUGUGCUCCCACCCAGCUCCACGCCAUCUCCGUCCUCUACUUCGACGACAGCUCCAAUGUCAUCCUGAAGAAGUAUCGCAACAUGGUCGUGAGAGCCUGCGGCUGCCACUAACGCCUUCCAGCACAUUCAUGCACACAUUUACAAACACGCAUGCGCUCGCUCGCACGCAUGUGCACACAUUG